UAGCAUCACACUGAUGACGUGGUUCGGUCGGUGGACCACAGCAGCAGCAGGAUGGCCGACCAGAGUAGGCAAAUUAAACUCGCUGCAGCUAAGAAAAAGCUGAAGGAGUUUCAGCAGAAGAGCUCCCCCGCUUCGAUAGGAGGAGAGAAGGGUGGAGGAGGAAGUGGAGCAGGAUCCAAGAAGAAGAGGAAAGUGAAGGAACUGAGCCAACCAGAUGCACCUUCAACAGACAGAGAUUCCCCAGAUAACUUUGACAGUAUUCUGAAAGCACUUAGUCAGAGCAAUGGAGUAGUCUUCUCCCCUAAUGGCAACUGUCAGGCCUUGGCUGACAUGGAAGCUGUGGGGUCUUCUGUUCCCCAGCUACAGGAGGAGCCGCACAGCGAGCCUGGCCGCAGCUCACCUGUGUCUAACCCCGCUAGUGCUAACACUGCUACUAACUCUGAGUUUGUCAGUCACAACACUGAGCCGCAGGACUGCUCUGAUACCAAUGGCAAUGAGAGUUUAAAAGAGCAAAACAGACCGCUGUCUUCCACGGAGAGCCUGCGACAGAUUUCCCAGCAGCUGAAUGGUCUGGUCUCUGAGUCAUCUGCUGCAUACGUGAAUGGAGAAACUGCACCUUGUGUCAAUGAGAAAGAACUUGAGAGUCGGAACCAGGAGCUGGCAGCCGCUCUGGAAUCUAGCAAGCUAACAAAUUCUCAGCUCAAUACCAAGCUAGACCAGCUGGUACAUCAAACUCAGGAACUCUCAGAUCAGUUGCAAAAGGAGCGAAAAGAAUUCGAACAGAAAUACACAAAAGAGCAAGGAGCCAUGCGGGAACAGUUGCAAGUUCACAUUCAGACUAUUGGUAUACUGGUGUCAGAGAAAUCUGAGCUACAAACAGCACUACAAUACACACAACAGGCCGCACGGCAGAAAACAGUUGAGGCAGAGGAGCUUAAUAACCGUCUGCAAGCAACAAAGCAGAGAGUUUCAGAGCUGGAGCGAACGCUCUCUACUGUCUCAGCACAGCAGAAACAGUUUGAGAAGCAAAACAAAGAACUUGAAAAGGAAAGAGACGGUUUGAGGCUAGAGAUGUUUAGAGUCAACAAUUUGAGUGACGAGUCAAAGCAGCAAAGCUCAGAGCUGUCUGAGCAGUUAAAACUGAGGACACAAGAUAACGCUGCAAUGAGGCUGGAGCUAGACGAUCUUCGCAAGAGGCUUGAGAUAGCUGACCUCAUGUUGCAACAGUGUUCCAGUCAGUCAGAUCCCACCAGUGCAAACCAGCAGGUCCAGUUACUGCUGGAACAGAAGCAACAGCUGGAAGUACAAAAUCACCAGCUUAUAGAGUCUAUCACCCAGCUGAAGACAGAGAGAGACUGUUACGUGGAGCGGAUCCAGGAGGAGGGCCGUGUGUGGAAGGACAAAACAGAGCAGCUGCUAACACAGGUCUCUUUGGUGGCGGAGGAAAGGGACAGAAACAUCAACAGAGUCCAGGAACUGGAGGCCAGCAUUGCAGAGUUGAAAAAUGCUGCAGCAAUAUUAUCUGUGGAGAAAGAAACCCAAAGUGCCACAGAACCCAAGUCCUCAGAACCAUCAGAGAGAGAGGUGGCUCUGCAGGAGGCCCUCAGUACUUUACAACAGGAGAAAGAUGCUGUUACUGCACAGUUCCAAUCACAGCUCCGAGACAACGAGCAGCUCAGUCGCUUGUGUGCAGAGCAGGAGGCACGUCUGGGGGAGCUGGAGGGUCAGGUAGAGAACCAAGUCCAGGAGGCGGAGGACCGCCGGCGCAUGUUGGAGGAUGUUCAGUCAGACAAGGCCACAAUAAGCCGGGCUCUCACCCAGAACCGAACACUGAAGGACCAGUUGGCUGAGCUGCAGAAUGGCUUUGUCAAACUGACUAAUGAGAACAUGGAGCUGACGACUGCCAUCCAGUCAGAGCAACAUGUUAAAAAGGAGCUGGCACGCAGGAUGGGUGAACUGCAGGAGAACCUGCACAAUGUCAAAGAGCAGCUGGAGCUGAAAUGUCAGGAGAUCCAGGGUCUUACAGAGCAGAGAGACCAGGUGGUGGCCCAUCUGCAGCAGUAUAGCAGCGCCUACCAAGCCCUGGUUUCAGAGAGGGAACAGCUCCACCAACAGUAUCUGCAGCAGAGCCAGCUCAUGGAUCGGCUGCAGCACGAUGAAAGUCACAGCCGUGCACAGCUGGAUAUCAGCUACAAUCAGCUCAGACAAGCACAGGAGCAUUUGGAACAGUUAGUCAGAGACAAUGAGCAGCUGAAGACUGAAGUAAAGGAGCUGCUCAACAGCUCAGCCCUCAAGGUCGAAUCCAGAAACCAAGGAGAUGGAGUGGAAAACCAGUCAGUGCAAGAAAGUCCUCCAGUGUCGUCCUCCAUUGUCAUUCCAGAAGACUUCGAGAGCCAGAAAGAAAUGGAGGAUUUUAUCCGUGGUGCUUUGGCUCAGUUAGAAGCUGAAAGAGACGAGGUCAGGCGGCAGCUGGACGAGGAGCGCCGGCUCCACAUGGCAGCCCGCCAACAGGCCGCUGUGGCCCUCAGACUUGAGCAGCAACAUCUCAACUACAAACCUGUGCAUGAAAAUGACCAGGAGCUCCAUCAGAGUCAGUGCCAACACAGUCACGACCAUUCAGAUGGAGGAGUGCCAGUAGAAGUACAUCAGGCCCUGCAAGCUGCAAUGGAGAAGCUCCAGGUGCGUUUCACCUCCCUCAUGCAGGAGAAAGCUGAUCUGAAGGAGCGAGUGGAGGAACUGGAGCACCGCUGCAUCCAGUUAUCAGGAGAGACCGACACUAUAGGGGAGUACAUUGCUCUGUACCAGAGUCAGCGGGCCAUCAUGAAGCAGAAACACUUAGAGAAAGAGCAAUAUAUUAACAUGCUGGCACAGGACAAGGAGGAGAUGAAGGCCAAACUGGCUGAGCUGCAGGAUCUGGUCAUGAGGCUGGUGGCUGAGAGGAACGACUGGUACAACCGCUACGCUGGAGCCGUAGCCGGAACGGCAGCAGCAAAUCCGGACCUACUUCCUGUCGGGGAGGAGCACGCUCACUCACAGCAUGAAGGACAUAAACAAGCUGAUCCUAAUGCCGUCAGCGGAGAGGAAGCAAUGGAGGUCAACUCUCUGUCCGAGCCACACCAAGCUUUGGAAGCCGCCUCAUCCCAGACGUUACCGUCUGGAUCUCCUCAGACUGAACCCAAACUCCUGGUGCCCAAAGAGGACGGCACGGCACGGCAAAUCAUGCAGCUCCUCCAGGAGAUCCAGAACCCGCAGGGAGCUCAACGAUCGGCACCUUUCCUGGGAGAGAACCCCUGCAUCCCGUUCUUUUACCGGCCUGAUGAACAGGACGAAGUGAAGAUCCUGGUGGUGUGAGCUUAUGUGUCUGAGACAUGAUGGAAACGUCCGGGGAUGUGGGAACGUUGGGAACCACAUUUGUAGCUUAUUGAUCAUAUUUACAAACACUUACUAUGAAAAUUGACAACUUAAAACUGGUCAAAGAUGCAAAUAUCUUUGACCAGUUGAUUUGAAAUGCCCCCCUUUUUGUUCUACGUGUUUGCUUUUGUUAUAGAUGGACGAUAAUCAAUAUUCUUAAAUGCAAUUUGAUUACUCUGAUUAUUACACUUUUUAAAUUUCUGUUCCCUUCUUGCCACCCGUCUCACACUAAUGUGCAAUAAAGGUACUGUAAACCCAGGCCCUCAGCUGGAACAGUACCUAAAAAAGCUGUCCAAUUUUUCUGCAAUUAUUGUUUUUUUUUUUUUGUUACAAAUGUCAGUUUUAAUUUUACAGUACACAUGCCAAAAACACAGCAUCGCGUUUGAAUGUAACAACCCAGAUAUUUACCUGUACGUAAAAUGUGAAGAGAAGGGUGGGUCGGUAAAGAUGAGUCGGAAACAAAAUUUGUUGCACGGAAAGCUUUUAAACUUUAAGCGUUGAAGUCUUGAGCUCGCUACGUUACAGUCAAGUCCAAGGAGAGGAACGCGUGUUGCUGAUUGGUACUUUUUUCAAAUACUACCUUCUGUUUUCUUUUUAUAGUUUUCUGUCAAACACUGAAAAUAACUCAAGUUUGUACAUCGCCUAAUGUCAAUAGUUGUGAAGUAUUUUUGCGUCAUGGUGUUUUAAACGUCUUGUUAGGCUGAGAAACAUCAGCAUCAUUACAAACGGGUGCUUGAUCAGAUCAAAUAAGGGCAUAGAUGCAAUUUAAAUACCCCGUGAAGUUAAAAAAAUGAAAGUUAUGAAGGCAUGAUGGGCAUUUCUUCCAGUGUGUCGUUCCCAUCCUGGGUUUCAGCGCUGCAGGCCUCAUUGUUUCUUCAAUAUGUCCCGCUUAGGCUUUUCCUUUGGAGCUCCUGACUGAUCUCACCAUUCCAGUCACAUUUAUUGUUCAUAAGUAGUUUCAACGAGAACUGGACUUUUUAUUCCUCGAGGUCUUCAACUUCAUAAACAAAUUGACAUUAUUACUAAGAGCCUGUUCUUUUCUGUUACGUUUACAGCUAGUUCUUCAUAUCGAAAGAUGGAUUAUUACACAAACUGGAUGUGUGUGGGUGUGUGGUGCUUUGAAAUUCAGAUACUUUAUUUAGCCAAAAUAUUUGCAUCUUUUGUACCUUUUUUUUUGUCUGUCAGGAUGUAGAAGUAUGAUUGCACUAAAACUGUACAGAACUCCUCAUUCAGCGUUGUCCCAUCCGGCUGUUUGGACCGAGAUGUUUGACGGGAGACAAGAGAAAUCCUAUGAAGCUUCAAAGCUGAGGAUUCUUCUGAAUUUACCUGAAAGAUUGAUACCUUGGGAUGAGCAGAGUGUAAAAAAUAGGAAGAAAAAGUACAAUUAACAGUACUGCUAUCUUAAAAAAAAUUUUUUUUUUCUAUAGGUGAGGGACCAGUCAGGCUUUGAGAAAAAUAUUUAAGCAACUCAAAUUUGCUAUAAUCACAUCCAGAAAUAAUUAUCUAGGUUUUUGGGGCAUUAAAAAAAAGAGAAUCUCAAGAUCAGAAUUGGUUAUUUUUGAGCAAAAUUAAAGCUUGUAAGUGCUCAUAGUCAUAAAUGUAGAUUGGAGAACAUUGAUUCAGAUCAGAUUCUUGUUUCCUUUGACAGCUAAGAGACUUUUUGCAAGUAUUGUUUUGCUUAUUUUGAAUGUCUGAACUUGAUAUCUUUUUUUGCUCAUUUCCUAAACUCUAAAAUUGCAAUCUUAUUAUCUAUCACUAGAAAAAGCCAUCGUAAGUUGGUCCAGUCGUAUUUAAAAAGCAAAAUGUUUCUAAAGAAUAUAAAACGUGUAUUUGCCAGACUUGCUGAGUGGUGUUUGCAGGGAAAGUAAAGAGCAUUGACCCUAAACCAGGUGGUUUCUGGGUAAUUUUAUUCUCAUUCUUUCCUUAUUCUGCCUUUUUUUUUAUAUCAAAUCUCAUUUAAUUUUUAUUUCACUUUUUUGGGAGUGGUCAAUUUCAUGAAGUAAAUUAAAUCUAUCUGGGCUGUGUGAAAUAAACGUGGAUAAAUGAAUUUCAGAUGCUUUCUGCUUAAUAAGUGUAAUUAAAGAAGCGUUUAUGUCUUUACUGUAAAGGAGGAAGUGUAAAUACUGUAACUGUGUAACAUAUUGUACAUUAUGCCUGAUGUGUGUUGGUGUAGGAGCUGAAUUUGCCACGUUUACUGGCAUUGUGUGUUUGUCUAAAUGCAGAGUUCCACUGUUGAUGGUUACUGACGGGCUGCAAUUUAAUACAAAGAUGGACAGAAAAAAAGAGAAAAUAUUCUAUUUAUUUGGACUAAGUUAGUAUCUCAACUAAUCAGUUUUAAUAUAAACUUGAAGUGAGUGUUGGGUGGGAAUGAAGGAUCACUGAGUGACCUGAUUUGAGUGCUGCUCUGACUUUUUUUUUUUUUCCCUUGAGUCAAAAUUUCUCCCCUUCUGAAUAAAAUUGAUUUAGCAACAUAA